UGUUUUCAUCGAGCGGUGGGAAGCGACGCCAUUUGCACCGAGCAGCAUGGAGGGCAAUCUAAGUGAAGAUAAAACCCAAAACACCAGAGUGUUUUUGGAAAGUCUUCCAAAAGACAUUCGCAAAGACCAGGUGGAUAAGGCGUUUUCCCGCUAUGGCAAGAUUGCAAAGGUGUACCUUAUCUACGACCCUCCGGGCUCAGGAUUCGUGGAAUACUUUGAUGCCCGAGAUGCAGAAUAUGCAGCCAACCAGAUGGACGGGGCUGACUUUAUGGGAUCUCGGGUGUCUGCCCGUGUAACAAAAGGAGGAAUACCCCGUGGCAGAGGCCGCGGUCGUGGAUAUAACAGAGGAGGUCGUGGGGCUGGGGGCUAUUACUCAAGCAGUUACAGUAGCAGUCAAGGCUACUAUCCAAGGGGUGGUGGAAGCUAUAGGGGUGGAUUUUCCAGAGGGGGUUAUAGGGGUUCUGACAGGGGUGGCUAUGGAGGACGCGGCGGCUAUUCACGAGGAGGAGGAUACUCCAGAGGCGGAGGCGGCUUCUCCCGUGGUGGCAGCUAUUCCCGUGGAGGUGGCUAUUCCCGUGGCAGUGGCUACAACAGAGGGUUUUCGCGCGGAGGCUACAGCGGAGGAUCCAGCAACUACGACAACUACUCUUAUGACAAGUAUGAAAAGUCGUAUGACAAGCCAGCUGAGAACGGCUACUCUCGCUACCCCUCUGGUGACAAGUACAAGUCCCACUAUUCAGAUGACAAGUAUGACAAGUAUGUGAACUACAGCGGGUCGCGCAGGGAGGAGUACCAGCGCAGCCGUUCACCAGUCAGCCAUUCACCUGAUCGAUAUCGUUCUGCCUCUCCGGGCUACCAGCGCACCAGGUCUCGGUCGCCAAUCGGUGGUGGGUAUGGCAGCUCGUCUCGCUACUACUCUGCCUCCUCUCCCCCUCCCCCCUCCAGGGAGGUCAUCCGAACCUCACGUACUCGUGAAACACGCGACUAUAGCCCUGAGCGGGCCUUCUCACGCAAGGAAUACUCCAGGUAGAAUGAUUUCAUCUUAUGGAGGACGUCGGAGCCCUGUCGAUGGCCACUACUAGAAAACAUAACAAGUGGGGAUCACUUUCUUCAGCCCAUGAGGCUGAGAAAGAGAAGAGGACCUGAAUAACAUGCCAGAGAGAGAGGGAGAGAGAGAGAGAGAGAGGAUUUGAGUAAUAGGAAGCUGAAGGUUCAUCUCUGUUGUACAAGUUUUGGAAAAUAAUGUAGUGAGUAGUACAUGGAAAUGUAUGUUAACCAAGUCGGUUUUCAAUGAACUUAUACGUAUUGUUGGCUUUAUUUGAAAAUGUGGUAAUGAUGAAAAGUUUUACAGCCUCAAUGUAAAUCAUUGGAAAAUAAUUGAUAAUUUGAAAAUGCAAUUAAUGAAACAUAACCUGCUCCUGAACGCACAACCUUUAUAUAUUGAAUCAUAUGGUAAGAUAUUAGGAACAUAUUAAAGUGAAGUGCAGACAAGCAAUGACUGCAAAUGUUAAAAAAAAAAAAAAGUUGAAAAUAUAGAAGCAGAACAAGGGUUUAUGUGUUUCAGGUGAUACAGGGUGGUUUUCAGGAAGAAAUUUGCUGUGGAACUUUUCUAGCUACAGGCUUGAACCAUUCUCUUGUAAACCUGUUCACGCUGGAUAACUUAGUGUACAGUACAAGAUUUUGACAUGGGUGAAGAAGUUCUCUUCAGGACUUGAGAAUGGUUUAUAUGCUUUUUAAUUCAAAGGUGUUGAAGUAGAUUAACAAUGUGCAUUAUAUGUUAAGUUUAGAGGUUCAGAAAUCAUGCGUCCUAAUUUCAUCAGAAAAAAAAAAAAAGGUGUUACAUGUGCUUCAUAUUAUUUGUGCAUUGAAAAUGCAUUACUUGUAAAAGUUAUGAUAGCGCGUCUGUGUACGUCUGAAAUUCGUAUUAUCAAUAUUUUUGGUCUUCGUCUGUAAGAACCGUUUCUUUAUCCUGUGAACAAUGAUGGUAGAACCUUUAAGAGAAAAGUAGACAAACUCAGAAAAAAAUAGGUUACUUUAAUUCAUAUUAGUAAUUGAUGAAACGAGUGAAUCGAAUUUGAUACAGAAAUAUUUGCAUGGAACAAGGAGGUAAUAUUCAAGGUGUGCAUAGCUGAAAAGUAUGACAGGACCACUUUACAGUCAUAAUAUCUUCAGAAAACUAAGUAUUUAGUAAAUAGCUGUGGUUCUGAAUUUUAUGAUGUAGUGGAAGAACAGUACCAGCAUCUAGACUUUCAUUACAGCUUGAAAGAAUGAUUUUUAUUACAGCUGCAAGUGUUAGCAUCAAACUGUGGUCACAGACUGGUUGAAAAAAGUAUUUUUGAGUAUACAUGCGUUGCAGUGUGUGCGCUCCAUUCAGGGGAUCAAUGUAGCAAACAAAGCAGCAAUCAGGGUUCAACUUUAUAUUUCCACUUUCAAAUUGUAAACCUUUAAUAAACAGUUAAAAGUC